CAUUGAACAACACAAUAUACAUAAUAUUUCUCAAUAUUGUCGAUAUUACAUUAAUAAAAAAAAGAAGAUAUACUUUUGUUGGUAACUUAUGUUCAUAACAAUGAUAUACUGCAAAUUUAUAGGAAAAAAUUUUAUCCUGAAAACAUUGUAUCAAUAUCAAUAAUGUUGGUAUUAAUGACAACGAGAUUGACAGAUCGUUUUGACUAAGUUUAUUAGGAUACGCGAUUUUUGUGUGUAUUAAUUAUAAUAAAAUAUUUAUUUUGUUAUUUGUGAGAAAAAAGGAAAAAUAUAAUAUGGAUGAAGCAAAAUUUUUGAAAAGAAAAGUGAGAUCUGGAACAUUGGAUGUACAUCCAACGGAAAAAGCAUUAGUAAUUAAUUACGACGUUGAAGCACUCAUUUUAGGAGAACUUGGUGAUCCUAUGCUUGGAGAUCGCAAGGAAUGUCAGAAAAUAAUUAGAUUAAAAAGUUUAAAUGCUGAUACUAAUGUAGCUUUAUUGGCAAAAGAAGUUAUGGAUAAAUGUUCUUUGAUACACGAAUCCAAAUUACACGAAGUUGAACAGCUCAUUUAUUAUCUUCAAACACGUAGAACAAAUGAGAGUGGAAAUGAUAGUGCUAGUCAACCACAAAGACCAACAUCCUCUAAUUCUAUGAAUAUUGAAAGUAGUGAAUCAGAACGUGCUAUCAUCAGUAAUGUUAAUAGUUAUAUCGAAUUAUUAUAUGAAGAGAUGUCAGAUAAAAUAAAAGGCUCAUCAUUGAUUCUACAAUUAGCCCGUGUACCUGACAAUCUUUUGGAAUUAACUAAGAAUGAUUCAUUAUUAAGUGCUUUAGCUAGAGUUCUUCGAGAGGAUUGGCGACGUAGUAUAGAACUUUCAACAAACAUCAUAUAUAUCUUUUUUUGCUUCUCAAUGUAUAGCCAGUUUCAUAAUAUUGUUCUUGAAUAUAGGAUUGGUUCUCUUUGUAUGGAUAUUAUAAAUUUUGAGUUAAGCCGUUAUGAUCAAUGGAAGGAGGACAUGGAAAAAUGUAGACGUCAUUUUGAAAAUACCACCGGUUUAGUUCUUUUUCCAACUACAAAUGAUACAUGCGAUAGAAGAAUUAAAAUUAUUGAUGAUAUUUGGAGUACUGAUGGUCCUCUGGAUUAUGAAGUAAAAAGAAGAUCUGUAGAAGUUAAUUCUAGUGUCAGUGAAAGUGAUUUGAAGAAGAUGAAGGAUGAGCUUGAAAAAAGUCGCAAAAAAUUUAAAAGUUUAACUAAAAAACAGGAACAAUUGCUAAGAGUCGCUUUCUACUUAUUAUUGAAUAUUGCUGAAAACAUGGAUGUUGAGAGAAAAAUGCGUAAAAAAAAUAUCAUUGGUAUGUUGAUCAAAACAUUGGACAGAACUAACACUGAUUUAUUAAUUCUGGUUGUUACAUUUUUAAAAAAAUUAUCUAUUUUUCGCGAAAACAAGGAUAUAAUGGCAGAGGAUAAUGUAAUUGAGAAACUACCACGACUUCUUCAAAAUAACAAUAUUGAUCUUAUAUCAAGUACAUUAAAAUUACUUUUCAAUUUAUCUUUUGACGCAAAGUUAAGAGCAAGAAUGAUACGAGUUGGUAUGUUACCAAAAUUGAUAAAAUUACUCAGUCAUGGUGAUGUCAAAAGCAAAGCUACAAUUUUAGGAUUGUUGUAUCAUGCAAGUAUGGAUGAUAAAGUUAAAUCUAUGUUCACAAAUACUGAUUGUAUUCCAAUGGUGAUGGAUAUGAUAUUAAAUCUUGAAGAUGAACAUUUGAAACAAGAAUUAAUAGCACUUGGAGUAAACUUAGCAACAAAUGCUAGGAAUGCACAGCUUAUGAUAGAAAAUAAUCACUUGCAAAAUCUUAUACAGAAAGCAUUCAGAAAUCAAGAUGCAUUGAUCAUGAAAAUGAUUAGAAAUAUUUCUCAACAUGAUUCAGUGAAAGAGAAUUUUGUUGAAUUUGUAGGUGAUUUUGCUAUGGCUGUAAAUCAAUCAGAUUCUGAGGAUUUUGUAAUAGAAGUUGUUGGUAUUUUAGGAAAUCUAGAAUUAUCUGAUUUAGAUUAUUCUCAAAUUCUUCAACGAUGUAAUUUAAUACCUUGGAUACGCAAUAAUUUAGUUCCAGGAAAAGCACAAGAUGAUUUGGUACUUGAGGUUGUUAUAUUUUUGGGCACCGCAGCAAACGAUGAAGAUUGCGCUCGCUUAUUGUGCAAAGCAGAUAUACUUCUAUCUCUUAUCGAAUUGCUUAAAGCAAAGCAAGAGGAUGAUGAAAUGGUUUUGCAAAUAAUCUAUGUAUUUUAUCAAAUUUCUAAACAUGAUUCAACAAGAGAUUAUUUAAUCCGCGAGACUGGUAAUGAAGCACCUGGGUAUUUAAUAGAUUUGAUGCAUGAUAAGAAUCCAGCAAUUAGAAAAGUUUGUGAUGCUUGUUUGGACGUUAUUGCUAUGUGUGACAAGAAUUGGGCAGCACGUAUAAAAGUAGAAAAAUUCCGUUCACAUAAUCAACAAUGGUUGGAAAUGGUAGAAUCUAUAGGGGCAGAUGCAGCUACACAUUUACUACCAGAUGAAGAUGAUAGUCUCUCUCCAUUUCUAAGUGGAGAACUUUUAAAACAUACCAUGUUAUUCCCUUCUGAUAACUCGGCAUUAUACAAUACAGAUGAUGGAUUUUCUUUGAUGAAAAAUUCAUCAGGAUCAUCUGAAAAUCUUAGUCGACCAGUUAGCAGGUAUAGAGAUCUCGAUGAAAUAGGUGAACUUAUGGCACGUUCGAAAUCACGAAUGUCUAUUGGCACAAGUUUAGAAGAUUCAUAUUACAGCAACAGAGUUAAAUUUACUGAUUUGGAUAAUCCUCAUGUAUUAAUAUGAGAGCAAAGUUACAUUACAUAUUAUUAAUAUGUAUUUUCUCAUGAUUCCUAUAUGUAUCAAAGCUUAUGUUUUUUUCUUAUAUGCAAAAUGUUAGAGUAAGUAUUCUACAAAGAUGUGUCUCUAUUGAAAGAACUAUAUGACAGAAGUUAUAUGACAGAUUAGUUUGAUCUCGUAGUUAUAUAUAUAUGUAUAUAUCUAGUGCCUUUAUUCUCUGUUAAUUUAUAGGCAUUUUUCAUUACUCUUCAAUUACUAGUCAUUUAUUUUAGUUAUUAUAUUAUUAUAUUGCAAUUAUUCUACAUAACAAUUGCUAUAUCACGAAGUAGACGUAAAAAGUUCCAAGAAAGGAAUGUAACAUUUUUUUAAAACUUCUUUAUAUAAAUAUCUUUUAAAAUAUCCAAUCUAAGAAAUACAUAAAUAUUGGAAGCUAAUACCAAAGAGUUUUAUAUGUAAAAUUAAAUUGAUUUUAUCAGAAACAUAAGAAUAUUUAAAAUAAUGAUAUAUCAACGAUAUCGAAUAUUUUUUAUAUGCUUAAAAAUUAUGGUUUAAUUUUUUUUUGUUUUUUUUUGUUUUUUUGUUUUUUUUUCUAAAUAUAGCAGAUAAACUGAAUAUGGCCUUGAACGUAAAAUUAUUUAUAGCACUAUAUGAUUAGUGCAAUAAUAUAGUUAGUAAAGUAUAAAAAAUUAUUUGUAAAUUAUGAAUUAAUAUUUAUGUUGGUUUUUCUUCUUUUAUUAUUUUUUUGUUAAAUUUAAUUGGUUUUAUUUAUAAAACUGUAUAAAAGACUGGUGAAUUAUUUAGAGCUGCUUAUAGAAUUAAAAUUUAUAAAGUUAUUCUUGAUUUAUUGUUAGAACAUAAACUUUUUCUUAUAAUACAUUUGGCAUUAGGACAAAAUAAAACAGUAUAACUAUUGUCACCAUCUGUAAAAAAUGUAUGUUCUUUCAAAUCCCAACUAACAGGACUAUCUGAAAAUCCUUGCACAUGAAAACUGCACCAUGGUAAAUUAUUUUGUAAUGGUACAUAUUCUCUCAUAGCAUUAUAAAUUUGUAUAAUUCUUCGAUUAGAAAAAAAUCCUGUAUAUUGUAGAUAGUUUACUUGAUCUACCAAUAUAUUUGGUUUUGGACAUUCAUAUGUACUUACAUAUUUUGAUGUUUUUUCAUUAUUUCUAAAAAAAACCAAAAGAAAAUAUAAACAAAAUGAUUUGUGUUAUUAUUUGAUAUUAUAUAAAUAUUAUUUUAAAAAACGAUACGUACAUUUCUCCAGAAAUACUAAAAACUCCAAGCCAUUCAAAAAAGUCAUUAACAAUAAACCCAUCAAUGACAGUAGGUAUAUUAACACGAUAUUCGGUUCUUUGUGAAACCUUUUGACGACAAAGUGAAACAGUAUAUCCAUGCUCGUGAAACCAUGCAGCAACCGAAGAUGGACACGUCUUUUCAUCUUAAAAUUAAAUAAUUUGUAGAUGAAUAUGUACUAAAUGUCAAUGAAUUUAUAGACAAAUAUAUACUAAAUGUCAAAAUAUCAUUACCAUUAAAAAAUGGAUUAAAUUUACCUGGUGGUUCCCAUAUUAAUAUUACAUCGAAAAUCAGAUCAAGAUGUUUCUCUAAUGCUAUUUUAACUCGUUCAUAAUUCUUCUUACCAGGUACAAAGUGGUUAGCCGUUAAAUCAAUUUUCACAACUAUGAAAAUUGUGAUAAAUGCAAAAAAAAAAAAAAAAAAAAAGAAAAAGUAAAUGAAUAUCAGUAGAAGUUAAAUUAUAGUAAUAAUUUUUCUUUCAAACUGUUAUUAACUUGUAAUAUACCAUUUCGCGUAUUUGUCUUAUAAUCAAAAGCAGAAUCAUUUCCUUCUAAUCCAAGUUUUUGAAAAUCUUCGCGUAUCAAUGAAAUUAUCAAAAUACCAUUUGGAGUAACAGCUAUGGUAUUACAUAAAUCUAUUUUAUUUCCAAUUGUUAGUAGUGUUAAUUCUCCUGUAAAAAAAAAAAAUUAAUACAUAUUGAUACUAAGAGAAAAUGAUACGUAUAAUAUACUACAAAGUAUAUCAAUACGACAGAAGGAAAUUCCUUUACCCUUUUUAAUAAAUGCUUCAAUAAAUUGUUGGUUCAACAAUUCAGAGGUAUGAAGGUCUUUAAUUUUAUAAUAAUCGCUAUCAUCUGAAAUACAAUUUUUCACACUCUCUGGAAUAUUAUUCGAUUCCGGAAAUAUAAAGGAUACCUAUAAAAAAAAAAGGCAAAAAAAAUUGUAAAUUAAAUAAAUUAUUUCUCUCUCAUGCAUA